UCUCUCUUCUUCUCUCAUUAUACUUCAGCUCACCAGCGAAAGAGAGAAGAAGGUAGAUUAGAUUCUCCAAAAACAUGACGACCACCUACGACUUCGAAGACACUCCGUCAAACUACGACGACGUCCAGCGUCAGGGCGGCCAGGACGCCGUCUACGACCCGAACUUCGUGCCGGACUCCGUUAAGUCCUUCGUGGUUCACAUGUACAGACACAUCAGGGAGAAGAACGUCUACGAGAUCCACCAGAUGUGCGAGACCUCGUUCCAGACCUUGUCGGAGCGGCUCUUCAAGGACACCCCUUGGCCUUCCGUGGAAGCGAUCGCUCCUUAUGUCGACAACGAUCACGUCUUCUGUCUUUUGUACCGUGAGAUGUGGUUCCGUCACUUGUACGCGAGGCUGUCGCCGACGCUGAAGCAGAGGAUUGAUUCCUAUGAUAACUACUGCAGCCUCUUUCAGGUGGUGUUGCACGGUGUAGUGAACAUGCAGCUACCGAACCAGUGGCUGUGGGACAUGGUGGAUGAGUUCGUCUACCAGUUCCAAAGCUUCUGUCAGUACAGAGCCAAGAUGAAGAACAAAACAGAGCAGGAGAUUGCAUUGCUCAAACAGAACGACAAGGCGUGGAAUGUGUACGGCGUGCUCAACUUCUUGCAAGCGCUUGUGGAGAAGUCCACCAUCAUCCAGAUUCUUGAGCAAGAGAAGGAAGGGCUCGAGCAGUUCACCGCCACCGACGGGUACGAUUACAGCGGCGGAAGCAACGUGCUGAAGGUCCUUGGCUACUUCAGCAUGGUCGGUCUUUUGCGCGUUCACUGCCUUCUAGGAGAUUACCACACCGGUCUCAAGUGGCUGCAGCCCAUUGACAUCACACAGCAAGGUGUUUACACCAGCGUCAUUGGUUGCCAUAUCGCGACUAUUUAUCACUACGGAUUCGCCAACCUCAUGUUGAGAAGGUACGUGGAUGCGGUCCGCGAGUUCAACAAGAUCCUCCUCUACAUCUACAAGACCAAGCAGUACCAUGAGAAGUCGCCUCAGUACGAGCAGUUGCUGAAGAAGAACGAGCAGAUGUACGCUUUGCUCGCGGUCUGCCUCUCCCUCUGCCCUCAGACGAAGCUUGUUGACGAGUUAGUUAACUCUCAGCUGCGUGAGAAGUACGGUGAGAAGAUGAUGAGGAUGCAGAGGUGCGACGACGAGGCGUUCGGUAUCUAUGACGAGCUCUUCUCUUACGCGUGCCCCAAGUUCAUCACCCCUUCGGCUCCGAGUUUCGAGGAGCCUCUUGUUAAUUACAAUCAGGAUGCAUACAGGCUUCAGUUGAAGAUGUUCCUUUAUGAGGUGAAGCAGCAGCAGCUGUUGUCAGGAGUGAGGACGUUCCUUAAAGUUUACUCUUCCAUCUCUCUUGCUAAGCUCUCAAACUACAUGGAAGUUGAUGAACCAACUCUAAGGACCAUAUUGUUAACAUACAAGCACAAGACUCAUUCAGUUGGUUCUGAUGGGAAGGUCAUCUCCAAUGCAGACAUUGAUUUCUACAUCAACAAUGACAUGAUCUACGUUGUGGAAUCAAAACCUGCAAAGCGUUAUGGGGAUUUAUUCUUGCGGCAGAUUGCGAAGCUUGAAGGUGUGAUAAACGACAUGGACCGCAUCAAGCUGGAAUGAGGAAUUGUCUGUGUUACUUUCAGCUCUCUUUAUCUAGUUAAACGGUGUUUUUUUGGUGUUAUCCUCUUUAUCUUUUUAUGAAAUACUGUCAUUUUUCCAUUGUGGCAUUGUAAGAAUAUCCCAAAGGAUAAAAACAUCUUUUGCUUACUAGUUUUUGGACCUGCUUCGGAAUAAUUUCACAAGCAAAUCUUCUUUGAUGCACUCA